UGGCAUUUGCACAAUGAAACUCCUGUGUGUCCUGCUGCUGUGCGUUCUGGCAUUUGCCUGUCUGGCGGAUGUUUGCCUUGCGAAACACCACAAACAUCAGCGGCAUCACCACGAGAAGGAGAAGGAUGAUGAUGACGAUCAUUAUCUGCCGCCGUCUGAGGAAAAGGAUGAUGAACCCAUCUACAAGAAGGAGAAGCACACCAGUGAGCGUGUCGUCUACCACAAGGAGGAGGAACCACCACACCACAAGGAGCAGCAGCACAACCACCACGAGGAGCACAAGAAACAGCGCGUGGAUCACUUUCAUCACUACGACAAGAAGCCGGAGGUGAAGACCGAGCACAUCCACUACAAGCACGAAACGCCGCAAGUCCGCACGGAUUAUGGCGGCGAUCUGUUCACCCCAGUGGCCAGCCAAGUCGUCUACAGGCGUCGUCGUCCCCAUCGCAUCACCUACGCCAAUGCCCCGAACUCUGUGUUUCACACUCACACCCAAAUCAACGUUCAGUCGCAGGACUCGGAGCUUUACUCGCUCAUUCGUCCAGAUCCGCCAGGAGGACAGCAAUUGCCGGGCGGUGCACAGGCUCCUACUGGAGCUCAGGCUCCUACUGGAGCUCAGGCUCCAACUGGAGCUCAGGCACCCACAGGAGCUCAAGCCCCUACCGGAGUUGGUUUCCUGCCCAACUGCCAGUUUACGGGAGUUCCUGGCAAUGUUGCUCCGGGCUGUGGUCCGUCGAAUCCACUUGGCGCUCAGCUUCCAGCCAGUGCCCUGGCUCCCGGUGCUGGACUGCCUGUCAAUCAAGGAGCAGGCCCCAUUCCCGCCGCUGGACAGUUGGCCGUGCAGGGCAAUGGCCAGCGGCCACAGAAACCAGGCGGCUACGUCGGCGGCUAUGGCAGGAAUAACUUCUUCGUCGAUCCCUCGCUGGCUGCGCAGCUGGGCGCUGCAGGAUUUCCAGCAGGUGGUCCAGGAUUCCCCGCUGGCGGUGCUCAACUGGCUGCUGCUCAGGGAUUUCCCAACCAGAAUCAGUUUGAUCCCUCCUUCGGCGCACAGUUGGGCGCCGCGGGUCAAGCUCCUGGAGCCGCUGCUGGCGCUCCCUUCGAUCCCUCAUUUGGCGCACAACGUCCAGCCGCUGGACAGGCACCCAUUGCUGGCCAAGCACCCUUCCAGAACCAGUUCGAUCCCAAUGCACAAUUCGGAGGCCAGCAGCCAAAUCAAUUCGGAAAUCCCGCUUUGGGCGCUCAACUGGCAGCUGGUCAGGCACCGAAUCAAGCGAAUGCUCCGCUUGGUGCACAGCUUGGAGCUGCACAGGCACCGCUUCAGAAUCAAUUUAAUCCCGCUUUGGGCGCCCCACUGGCAGCGGGUCAGCUGGUGCCACGCCUGCGCUCCGGACGUCCACGUAAUCGUUCCAAUUACCAAGGCCUAAACGUGCUCAAUGGCAAUGUGUUUGGUCAGCCGCAUCUGCAGGGACCAACGAAUGCGCUGGGCAACCAGCAGGACACAAACAUUAUCGAUGGAAAUUUCUACAGCGACGGCCAUCAUGGCCAUCAACGCGCUUUGGUCUCUGUCAAUGGCAAUCAACGCUCCGUGCUGGUGGCUGACGAUGAUGAUGCAGAUGACGAUACAGAUCCCAGUUUCAGACUAGGCUUUGCGGCCAGCUCGCCACAAGCUGCGUAUCUGGCGGCGCCCAAUAAUUCAGGCAGCAGCUCAAGGGAGGAUGACUCUGACUUGGGCACAGCUGCCUCGGAGUACCAGACGGACUACCGCGAGGAUGGCUAUCACUACGCCAAGCCCAAACACGCAUUUGAGUACUGAAUUUUGUGCACAAAAUUAAUGUUAUAAAUACUCAAAAAAUAAAUUAUACUUAGCAGCAGUUGCCGCAAGUGGCAGUCAACGAAAA